AUGUAUUCAGGUAGGCUCUCUUACGUGGGAGACAGCGUCGGCUCUCAGCAACAAUUCAUCGACAGCUCCGAACUUCCAUUCCCAGACACGUCUGAGACGGUCGGCUUUAUGGACGCCUUUAUCUUGAACGAUCCGUUAGAUGGUGAACAGACUAAUCUCGAAGACUUGAGCGGCCUCUCCGAGUUGGGUCAUUUUGGUCUCGACAUUCAGACGCCUUUCCAAGUCCCUGAUCUCGGAGCGAAAGCUUCGAACCCAUUUUGUUCCACAGCUGCUCACACAGCCUCAGAACAAUUGCCGUCAAGCACGGGCAGUGCCAUCAUAGCAACCGAACCCAAUCUGGAAUAUCCGCCUUUUUUGGCAAAUCAUCUGUUCCAGCUCUUCUUCCAGUCCGUUCAGGGCUUCCUUCCAUUAUUCCAUAAACCGCGCUUAUGUGACGAGUUUUCUACUCAUUUUGAUGGAACCGAUAGUGGCUAUGAAGACUUGAGCAUCACCAGUGCCAUCCUAUUGAAUUCCAUGUUUGCAUUAUCCGCCCGAUUUUCCGAAUGGGUUCCGUGCUGCGAUGUCAACCCCAGAGAUCGGGGUGCGCCCUUUGCAAGUAGGGCUCAAGCCCUCUGGCGCGAGCACAUCACUGACGAUGAGGAACCUUCCUUGCGCUUGCUCCAAUGCCGCAUUCUCCUCACGUUUUAUGAACUCACCUCUGGUCCAUCAUUUCGUGCAUGGCAAUCUGCAGGAAUAUGCUGUCGUAUGGCCUACGGCUUGUCGCUUCAUCGUAUCGAUGAUGUCGAUCCAACCCAGAGACAAGAUUGGAUUGCAGACGAAGAACGCCGUCGAGCCUGGUGGGCGGUGUAUCAGAUUGACAAUGUUUCGUCUGUCAUUGCCUGCCGACCGUUCAACCUCGACACCUCGAAUAUGGAGGUCCUGCUCCCUAUUUCCGACCAAGCGUGGUUCUCCGGAAAAUUUACCAAGUCGGCGUCCAUGUCCCCACGGGGACCAUCCGAAGUUUGGAGGAGUCUUCAAAACUGUGAGAACCAAGCCCCUUAUGCAUGGUAUCUUGUCAUCAACGAGCUUCUACGAAGUGCCCAACGACUAUGGGAUCGCCGGGCUCGCGCCGUGGAUGAGUUAAAAGUCAUUCAGUCAGCUCUUCAGUGUUUUGCCCUGGCCUUACCAUCCAGCUUCUGCCUGACUGCACCAAACAUGGCAUUUAAUGACGAUAACUUCGUGGCGAAAAAUUGGAUCAUCUGCACCUCGAUUCUCCUGCAGACAGCACAGAGCUUGGUAGCUUUCAGUGGAGAGGUCGAAGAAUUGCGCAAUUCAUCUUUUCGCCUUAACGUGGAAGAGUGCCAACGACGGCUCUUUGCGGCGUGUGAUCCCAAUGUCAACAAUCAGCUCCGCGCGCUGCAUCUCUGGUCUCCCGAUUACGUCGCCCUCGCCUCGCCUCUGGUAACUUAUGCACUUCUCGGCCCUGCAGCUGUUCACGCUGCGAGAUGGCCUCAUCGCGAAGCCAACGCCAAUAAAACGGCUCUGCGCUUCCUCGAAGGCGAAAUUUUGAGUUUUGUUCUACAACGCUUUGCGCGCUUCUGGCCAGUUGGAAAUGUGGUCCACCAGUUGUUAGAUUCGAUACGGUCUCCUUCUUCGAACACCGACAGCAAAGCCACAUCCCCGAAUGUGACCUGGAUUCAAGGAAUAAUGCCUAUGAUAAUCCAGUCUCAUUUGUAA